AUGGCCACGCAAACGAAGUGGAUGGCCCUGCCCGAGUUCGAGGCUUUUCAAAAAGCCACGCUCCAGGAGCACCCGGAGCAUCCGACAGCGGAGGAAAUUGAGGACACUGCUCCAGGUUCCAAGAGCCACCUGUCCCAACUGGUGAGCAACGUUUGGGAGUCCUCGGCUGGCUCCGACACUGCAGCUGCCGCGCCUGUUGGAGACGCGCCGGAGCGACAUGGCCAACAUGACGCGCCGCGCGCCGCGCAACUACCGCCGGAGCAAGCCAGGAAUGCAGAACAGCUGGGAGCUGAUGGGAAGUUGGUAGCAGGCGUAGCUUUGGCUCAACAGCAACAGCCUUUGCUCGAUGAUCUUGAUGAACAAACAGCACCAGAUGGUAAGCACUUAUUGGUGCCGCUGGUCUCGGCUAUGCCGUCCAUGCUCACCAGCCAGGGGCCCGGCGGGAAAAUGAAAGGAGACUACUUGAAGUUGCCCUUGGCUGCACGCGAUCGCUCUGGAAAGCGGAUCAACCAAGGGAUCGAGGGUUCCGCCCUCGGCGCACCAAGCCUGGAAUGGAUGGAGGAAGAUAUCCCAGCGCCCCGCGUGAUGGUGCCUUCCACGGUGAAUGAUUUAGCCAUCAUUUGCGACGAGCUUCCCAGCUACCUUCCGCCUGCUGAAGCCUUGCGCCUGCGUGCCGCUUGCCGCAUCCAUGCAGAGGGCGAAGGACACAGACAUAGCGUUCCAGUGGCUUCGCAGGUGCUGGAUGUGAUGGUGAUGAAAAGCCAGGUGGUGCAAGAGGUCAAUGAUUGGGGACUGGUGGACGCCUGCUUGGGUGAGGGCCUUCUUUGUAGCAAAAUGCUGCUGGAGACCUUUUUAUGUACCUCCUUGACCAUCGAUGAAGGUGAGCUGCAAAUCACCAAGUUGCCAACGCCUCUCAGUGAUGACUCCGAAGUCUCCGAAAAUCCGGGGGCCUUGCCCUCCAGCUCCCCAAAAACGGAGGAAGUCGACCUCAACACCAGCUGGAUUCCUGAGACCCCGGAGGCCUUCGGCUUCGGGGGCCAUCCCCUGCUCUUGGAACAUCUCCUGCCAGAGGAGAACCCCAUGGACCAGGAGGUUUCCAGCCAGCCGAUCCAGUCAAUGGGGGUGGAAAUGCCUAUCCCGAUGCCCAGCAGCCCGCCCCUGGCCUUCCAACCAGCCCUACAAGUGGGACCGGCCCUGCACCCAGUGCUGACUGCAGCACCUGCACCGGUCUUGCAGUACGCACCGCCGAUGGGACAACGGCCCACCAGUGCGCCGCAGGCACCCACGAUGGACUUCGCAGACUUUGCCCCUUGGGCCCUUGCAGAUGGAUCCGGCUAUGGCUCGAUGGAUCCAGAUGGAUCCAGAUGGAGGCCGCUACCGCCAGGUGCCCUACCUCCAGGUCCAGUGGCUAGCCCCAGCGAGGCGUGCGGGGAGCGCUGUGAUCCAGUGGAGGGUUCGAUGUGUCGAUGUAAACAUGGGCCUCCCCAUCAGAUGCCAGUAGGGUGUCCCAGUGGUUUCGUGGGUCGAUGGGUCGAUCCCUGGAGCCGGAGAUGGGCCACGGGCAAUCAGAGUCCAUUCCGGUCCCCAGCAACCGCCAUGGCGCGUGGAUCGUGGCUCUCGGCCCUGGUCGUGACGGUGGCCGUGGUGUCCCUGGGCCGCUUGACACAGCUGGAUUUCGCGGGUCAGCUGACGCGGCCCGCCAGUCCCAAGGUGGUCAGGUGUGCCGGCGACAAGGCGCUGAAGGAUCGAUGGACCUCGGUGGGCAAGACCGGCAAGUUGACCGACGCCAUGCGUUUGGUGGCGGCGGCCAAGGUGCGUGCAGCACAGACUGGGGUGGAGAAGGCUCGACCCUUCAGUGACGAGUUGCUCUCGAUGAUUAAGGGCUUGGUGAAGAAGCUCAAGGGUGACUUGGCAGGCACGGGGCUGGAGGCGGACCUUCCCAUGCUGCGCGUGCCUGAGAAGGUGACGAAUGUGGGCAUUUUGAUGAUCACCGGGCAGCGAGGUCUGUGCGGGGCCUACAACGCCUUCGUGAUCAAGAAGACCCAGGCGCGUAUUUUGGCCUUGAACGAGCAGGGCAUCGCCCCAAAGCUCUUCAUCGUGGGGCGCAAGGGCGUCCAGGACAAGUACAAGUACAACUACACUGAGGAGUUCUGGGCCAUGCCAGACACCAUCAAGGCCAAAGACUCCACAGCCAUCGCGGAGACCAUUGAGAACUACUUCCUCUCGGGCGAGGUGGACAAGAUCGAGAUCGCCUAUUCCAGGCUUCCCCUUAAAGGGCACCUGCUGGGCCAGGUUCAUCAACCUGAUCAACAACGAGCCCACCAUCCGCACCCUGCUGCCGUUGUCCCCACCGGAAUGGAGGAUCCGGAGGAUGAGACCUUCAAACUCACCACGGAGGGGGGCAAGUUGAAGGUGGAAAAGGAGAAGGUGAAAGCGGCCAAGGCGAAGGAUAUCGAGGCAGAUGUGAUCUUUGAUCAGCCUCCGCAGGUGCUGCUGAAUGCGAUGCUGCCCUUGUACCUGAAUUCCCAGCUGCUGUCCCUGCUCUUCGAUGCCCAAGCCUCAGAGCUCUCCUCGCGGAUGUCGGCCAUGAAGGCGGCCACGGACAACGCCAAGGAGCUGCAGAAGAAGCUGUUGUUGCUUUACAACAAGAAGCGUCAGGCCGCCAUCACUGCAGAGAUCUGCGAGAUCUCCGCGGCGGCCAACGCCAUCGAAAGCGCGGAUAAGAAGGGCGCCGCUGGACCGGGCCUAGGCGUCAUGGACAACGAGGACUCAGUGACCUCGGAUUUCAUGCAGGAAUUGGAGUCGGGCGACGUCCCGGAGGUCCCGGUCUCCUACGACCAGUUCGGUCCGGCGACGCGGCAGCAGCUGCCGGCCAGUUGUGACCUGGGAAGGGACCUGACUGGGCCUUGUAAAGGUGGAGAUGGAUGUUCUCCCCCAAAGACUCCGACUUCACAGCUUCGACAGGAUGACAUGGAAGCCCGGAUCCUGAUCUUGGGCCUGGACAACGCGGGGAAGACCACCAUCCUCAAGACCCUGACCUCGGAAGAUAUCUCCCAUACCAUGCCUACACAGGGCUUCAACAUCAAGAGCAUCAUGCAGGAUGGCUUUAAGUUGAAUGUGUGGGACAUCGGAGGGCAGGAAGCCAUCCGACCCUAUUGGAGCAAUUACUUUGAGAACACCGAUGGCCUGGUCUACGUGGUGGACUCCUCGGACACGCGACGCCUGGAGGAGAGCUCGCGGGAGCUGAAGCAACUGCUGGCGGAGGAGAAGUUGGCAGGAAUUCCCACUCUGGUCUUCGCCAACAAGCAAGACCUCAUGAGCGCCGCGGGCGCGGAGGACGUUUCGGCGGCCCUGGAACUGGACGCCAUCGGGGAUCGCGUGUGGCAGAUCCAGGCCUGUAGCGCGAAGACCAGCGAAGGUCUGCAGGAAGGACAUAUUGCAUUGCCAUGUUUGAUUGCCAGAGAUGAUCCCCACUUUCCAGCCAUUCCUGUGCCCGGUUUCCACCUUUCCAGCUGUCGCCCCACCUGUCCCCGCUUGACGCUUCGGCGAAAGACCCAAGCCAUGGCGCGUGGAUCGUGGCUCUCCGUGCUGGCGGUGGCGGCCCUGGUGUCUCUGAGCCGUUGGGUGCAGCUGGAUUUCGUGGGGCAGAUGCAGCGACCCACCACUCCCAAGGUUGUUAGGUGUGCCGGCGACAAGGCGCUGAAGGAUCGAUGGACCUCAGUGGGCAAGACCGGCAAGUUGACCGACGCCAUGCGUUUGGUGGCGGCGGCCAAGGUGCGUGCAGCACAGACGGGGGUGGAGAAGGCUCGACCCUUCAGUGACGAGUUGCUGUCGAUGAUUAAGGGCUUGGUGAAGAAGCUCAAGGGCACGGGGCUGGAGGCGGACCUUCCCAUGCUGCGCGUGCCUGAGAAAGUGACGAAUGUGGGCAUUUUGAUGAUCACUGGGCAGCGAGGACUGUGCGGUGCCUACAAUGCCUUCGUGAUCAAGAAAACCCAGGCGCGUAUUUUGGCCUUGAACGAGCAGGGCAUCGCCCCAAAGCUCUUCAUCGUAGGGCGCAAGGGCGUCCAGGCGUUGACUACCCGCAUGCAGCCGGACAAGUACAAGUACAACUACACUGAGGAGUUCUGGGCCAUGCCAGACACCAUCAAGGCCAAAGACUCCACAGCCAUCGCGGAGACCAUUGAGAACUACUUCCUCUCGGGCGAGGUGGACAAGAUCGAGAUCGCCUAUUCCAGGUUCAUCAACCUGAUCAACAACGAGCCCACCAUCCGCACCCUGCUGCCGUUGUCCCCCACCGGGAUGGAGGAUCCGGAGGAUGAGACCUUCAAACUCACCACGGAGGGGGGCAAGUUGAAGGUGGAGAAAGAGAAGGUGAAGGCAGCCAAAGCCAAGGAGAUUGAGGCAGAUGUGAUUUUUGACCAGCCUCCUCAAGUUCUGCUGAACGCGAUGUUGCCGUUGUACCUGAAUUCCCAGCUGCUGUCCCUGCUCUUCGAUGCCCAAGCCUCGGAGCUCUCCUCGCGGAUGUCGGCCAUGAAGGCGGCCACGGACAACGCCAAGGAGCUGCAGAAGAAGCUGCUGCUCCUCUACAACAAGAAGCGUCAGGCCGCCAUCACUGCGGAGAUCUGUGAGAUCUCCGCGGCGGCGAACGCCAUCGAAAGCGCGGACAAGAAGGGCGCCGCCGGACCGGGCCUAGGCGUCAUGGACAACGAGGACUCAGUGGCUUCGGAUUUCAUGAAGGAAUUGGACUCCGGCGACGUCCCAGAGGUCCCAGUGUCCUACGAUCAGUUCGGCCCGGCCACCCGUCAGGAGCUGCCGGCGUGA